UCUCUCCUGCCUCCUUUAUCGUUGGCUCUAGCUUCAUUCUGUUCCCACUUUCCUCUUCCUGCUGCCCCUGCGAAGUAGGCACCGCGCGUUGAGGUCCCGGGCCUGCCGGCUGAGCUCUAAGAGUCGUCUCCCUCGCACCCGUACGGGACGCCCCGUGAGUGCGAGAGAGACAGCGCGGCGUCGCUAGCCCGUAAUGGUAAUGGCAAUGCAGGGCGGGCCAGCCCGCAGCACGUGGCUGUGUUGCGGGGCGGCCCAGCCCGAGGUUCGCAGGCGCUCCGUCGUCCUUCGUGUCGUGGGCGUCCUUCGAGACACGCGGCCCGCUUUAACGAUUCCGCUUUUCGCCGGCAAAGUGCCUAUUUCUGUCGCGCGGCAUCGGCUUUCGAGAGGGUCGAACUGGACGUUCCGACCAGUGGAGUGGGUGGCCGGCCACCGGAUGCCUGCCUGCCUGGCUCGCCACGCCGAGUGCGGCUGGCGUCUGCUUAUUUGCACGAAAGCAAGAAAAGCACAAACAUGGGCACUGGCCCGUGCUCGGACUGCAGUCUGCAGUCGUGGCUGUUUGCCUAGCCACCCAAACAGUCGGAGAUAUACAGUCGAGGGGGAAAACGCGCACUUCCAUUCGCGUUCCUUUGCGUGUCGCGACUGUCUCUGUCUCUCUCGCACCCCUACGGCCCUUCGGGACGCCCCGUGAGUGUGACAGAGACAGAGCGACUGCCCGGGGCACCGCGACUUCGGCAGGGGAACGACACGGCCCUCCCCGCCCACGCGCCUCUUGGAGCGCCCCUCUCGUGUGACGUCACUCGGACGGGGCGGGACUUCCCUCGCGUGUUGUUGUUAGUCUGACCGGCAAUGCGUAGCAAUGUGCGGUGCGUGUCUGUGACGCGCGGCGGUAGGUUUGAACGGGGAAACACGUGUGAAGCUGUCACAAAGCAAAGAGCCGCGAGCCUCGCUAGCCGCCAACCGUGUUGUUGCAACGCGUGCAGAGCCGCAGCGCCAUCCCGAGCAGUGCCUCGUCGCUCUGUCUCUCUCGCACCCCUACGGGACGUCCCGUGAGAGCGAGAGAGACAGAGCGACACGGUUCGGAAUGAGCCUGCAGUGCAGAGCAGCGUGCUAACACAAGGCGUGUCUCUGCAGACAGGGCUCCGGCAUCACGCAGUCUCCUAGACAGUGUCCCAGACAGGCAGAUAGAGAGCAGACCAGUCGCCAUGUUGUUCUUGUGCGCUAUGCAGGUGUCACUCACCGUAGCCGUCUCUGCAGCAGUCAUCAAACGGAACUCUUACAGUCGAAGAGGUGUACAAGGAUCGCGACCAGUUCGCAGCACUCGUCCGCGAGGUGGCAGCACCUGAUGUGGGGCGCAUGGGCAUCGAGAUCCUGUCCUUCACCAUCAAGGAUGUCUACGACGACGUGCAGUACCUCGCCUCGCUGGGCAAGGCGCAGACGGCCGCCGUCAAGCGCGACGCCGACGUGGGCGUGGCGCAGGCCAACCGGGACGCCGGCAUCAGGGAAGCUGAGUGCGAGAAAUCUGCCAUGGACAUCAAGUACAAUACCGACACGAAGGUGGAGGACAAUUCUCGAAUGUACAAACUCCAGAAAGCCCAUUUCGACAAGGAAAUCAACACUGCGAAAGCGGAGUCCCAACUUGCCUACGAGCUGCAAGCAGCGAAAAUUCGACAGAAAAUCCGAAACGAGGAAAUACAGAUUGAUGUUGUAGAGCGUCGCAAGCAGAUCGAGAUUGAGGAGCAGGAAGUUCAACGAAAAGAGCGAGAGCUGAACGCCACUGUGCGGCUGCCUGCUGAGGCAGAGAGUUACCGCCUCCAGACAGUCGCUGAGGGCAAAAGAACUCAAACAGUAGAGGUAGCACGUGCUGAGGCUGAAAAAACAAAGAAGAUCGGAGCAGCUGAAGCGUACUCAAUUGAAGUUGUUGGUAAAGCUGAGGCUGAAAGGAUGCGAGCCAAGGCUGCUGUCUACAAGCAAUAUGGGGACGCUGCCAUCAUGUCCAUUGUUCUAGAGGCGUUACCAAAGAUCGCAGCAGAAGUUGCUGCUCCAUUGGCGAAGACCGACGAGAUUGUUUUAUUAGGUGGUAAUGACAGCACGACAUCCGAAGUCAGUAGGCUCGUUGGACAAAUCCCCCCUGCGGUUCAUGCUCUGACUGGAGUGGACCUAUCCAAGGUUCUGAGCAAGGUUCCUGGAGCAAAAUAAUUGGCCUGGACUUGGGCCAUGUGAAGCCACCACGGUGUCUGCUUGGCUUCUUCCUUUGCCAAUUAUUGUUUUAUCAUCUGACCAAUUCUACAUGCUAACCCUUCUAGAAAUGUUUAAGGAAAUUGUUAUUAGUCUUAAAUGAUUGGCUUUUUGCAGCCAUCUAAAUUUACUAUUAUUGAUUGUUAAGUGAAAUACUUAUGUGGAAUGAUGAACCACAAGUAGCCAUUACUGUUGACAAUCCCUUUUUGCAGUGUUGAAUUCAUUCCUGUUCUAAGGGAUCUUGUGAACGCGAUAAGCCUUUGGAAACUCUUAUUACAGACUUAUUAGCAGUCAUUUGUUUUAAAGAAGGCUUUAUACUAUUUUCUUAUUUUUCAUGUUGUAGGGUUUUGAGUUUGUAUCACAUUUUAUAUUUCUCAUUUUUCUGGCCAAGAAUUAUGUAACUUUCUUAUCUUGGCUAAAUUUAUUUUGUGCAUCUCCGGAUCGACACAUGUUACUGUAUAUGAUAAGUUUCUUUCAUGUUAUGUACCAAAUUGACAAGUUCAUUGUUCUGAGCUAUUUCAACAUUUUGAAAACAUGUCCAUUGUGUCGCAACUAUGGCCCUGAUAUUAGUUCAAAUAUCUUAUAUGAGGAUAACAUCAAUAUUUUUCUGUCUAUAUUAAUUAAAAUAAUUAGAGUAGAAUUAAAGUGUCCAAGAGUUACCAGAUCACAUGUUGUAUACAGGUUGCCUAGUAAUAUUUUCAGUUUUUAUUUUGUUUUCGUUCAAAUUGUAAAAAGCACUUGAAGACUGGUUGUAUUGUGUUAUUAAGCCCACUAAAAUUUAUACAAAACACCUCAAGUUUUUGGCUUUAUUGAUUUGAGGAAGAAAUUUUAAAUUGGAAAUAAACUAGUCACCAGUUUCAGUCUUAGAUUGGUUGCCAUAAAGGAAUUUUGUUUUAAAUGUUGUUUAUUUUAGUUACUUUGUGAAUCACAUUUAUUUUUGCCUUGGAUAGAGAACCAGGGGAAAAAGAAUGCUUGAUUCAAGUCAAUACAUGUAAAUACCAAAGCUGUAUGUGCGAUUCAUAUGUCAGAUUUUGUAGGAUACUGGUGAGCAGUGAGCAUUGUCACACACUAUGUUAAUUUUUCUAACCCUUUUUUUU